AUGCAAGCAUCUAUCGAGAAGUGUAAAAAUGAAAUUCCUAACCUUAUUAACACGUUCCAAGAGAAACCAGUCAAAAAGUUGUCACGUCAUGCUCACUAUAAUAAAAAACAAAAGCUUGAGAAAGAACAAAAUUCAGCCUUGUUGAUGGAUUAUAAUGUGUCAAGACCGAUUUUACCAUUGAUAACUAGCGAUAUUAUUUUUGAUCCAAAUUGGUUGAUGAUGGAAGAACCGGUUAUAAGAAGAGGUGUGCAUCGUCAUCUUCGGUCUAAAUGGAUAGAUCUUAAAUAUGCUGUUGAUUUUCAAAACAAUAAAUCACAGGACAUUUUAAAAACCACCUCAUAUAUUUCUCAAAAAGAAAAAGCCCAUUUAAUAAUAUCUGCCUGGGGUAAUCUCUGUUCAUUUAAAAAAUUAGUAAAACUUCGCCAUUUAACCGUUUCAGAGUAUGUUACAGAUAUAGAAGAACAUUUUGGUGUAUAUACACGAAAUAACCUUCUCCUAUUUACUAGUUUAAAUAUCGCAAGCUCUCAUAAUACCGCAUAUCAAGAAUGCAUUAACACUUUACUUCGCAAUCUUGGCUCAUUAUCAACCUCUGUCAAAGAAUUUGUACAAAAAUUCUAUAGAAAUUUAUAUAAAAAACUAGAGAACGAUUACCAUUGGGAUGAACAUGAUGAACCAAAUAGUUUAUGCUGUUUAGUCACCCUUGGAGAAUUUGAGAGAAGAGAAUUAUGUUUCCCUCAACUCCAGAUCAUUAUACCGCUUCAGCCUGGACAAGCUGAUGGGAUUGAGAAAAAUACUGAUAGGCAUGAUGUUCUUUUUAUUAAACAUCAAAAUCUCAAUAAUGCUCAAGGUUUGAAUUCCUGA